AAAAGUUAUUAUUAUGAAGCAGACCUAAACAGGAGCCAGCUCAUCUGUCAGCAAUCCCCUGAUGUUGAGAACCAGGAUCAGGAAGGUGGCAACUCUAAAGACCAAGAAAAAAUCAGACAUGAAGAAAAGAAAAAAAGAUCACCCUGCGAAAUGUAAAGAGGAGGGGUUUUUAACUGAGAUCAGUGACCAGGAGGGGGAGUCCACCUUAGUUCAAGAGGAACCAAAUCCUCUGCAGAUAAAACUGGAAAAAGAUGAAAGAGAACAUCAACAACUCUGCAUCAGUAACAAUGAAGAGUACCUUGUUCUGAAACGGGAGACCGAUGAAAUUCUUGUAAUCCCUUCUAAUGUGCUACAAAACCCCACUGAAACUGAAUCGAACAGUAACAGAGUAAUUUCUCUGGCCUCCCUUAAAGUCGAAAACCAAGAUCAGGAAGGAAGCAGUUCCAAGGAUCUCAGCAAAACUACAGAUGAAGAGCAGAAACCAGAUGAGAGAUGCCUUAAAACCAGCGAACAGAAAGACAUUGCUGACAGCAUAAAAGGAGAAACACAACUGAAAACUCCCACAGACCAAAAUAUACAAACUGGUCAAAUUUGUGAUAAAAUUACAUCUCAAAACAGUCACUCAAAGACACACUUGAUUACUGUUGCAGCUGAAAAGCCUUUCUUAUGUACAACCUGUGGAAAGAGUUAUAGUAGAGAGUCUUUUUUAAAGCGUCAUGUUAAAAUUCACUCUGAUGAGAAGCCUUUCACGUGUACGACCUGUGGAAAAGGUUACCGUGCAAGAAGUAGUUUGGCUUAUCACAUGAAAACUCACACAGGUGAGAAGCGUUUCUCAUGCAUGACAUGUGGAAACAGCUUCAUUAAUAAAGCUGAUUUGAAAUGUCACAUGAGAACUCACACAGGUGAGAGACCUUUCUCAUGUAUUUUUUGUGGAAAACGUUUCAGUCGUAAAACCACUUUAGUAAUUCACAUGAGAUCUCACACAGGUGAGAAGCCUUUCUCAUGUACAAAAUGCGGAAAGAGAUACAGUGAAAGAAGUACUUUAAGUUAUCACAUGAGAACUCACACGGGCGAGAGGCCCUACUCGUGUUUUAAGUGUGCAAAAAGUUUUGGCCAUAAAAAAGUUUUGAGACGUCACAUGAGAACUCACACAGGUGAGAGGCCUUACACGUGUGUUAUCUGUGAAAAACGUUUUAGUGAUAAAAGCUUUUUAACUAGUCACACAAGAAUUCACACAGGUGAGGAGCCAUACACAUGUGAACUGUGUGGAAAGAGAUACAGUGAGAGAAAAGUUUUAGCUCAUCACAUGCAAACUCACACUGGGGAGAAAUCUUUCACAUGUUUUAAGUGUGCAAAACGUUUUGGUAAUAAACAUGUUCUGAGACGUCACAUGAGAACUCACACAGGUGAGAAGCCUUUCUCAUGCAUUACCUGUGCAAAAAGAUUCAGUCAAAAAAGCGUUUUAACUCGUCACAUGAGAAUUCACACAGGUGAGAAGCCAUACUCAUGUAAAACCUGUGGAAAGGGGUUUGUUAACAGAAGUGAUUUAAAUUAUCACCUGACAACUCACCCUGGCGAGAAAACUCACACUGGCGGGAGGCUUUUUUCCUGUGUGAUCUGUGAAAAAGCUUUCUUUAAAAGACAUUUAUUAACGCGUCAUAUGCGAACUCACACAGGAGAGAAGCCAUUCUCAUGUGAAACCUGUGGGAAAAAAUUCUGUCAAAAGGGUAAUUUAAUAACUCACAUGAGAACACAUACAGGUGAGAGGCCUUACCAAUGUAAACUCUGUGAAAAACGGUUCGGCAGUGGAGCCAGUUUAGCUGCUCAUAUGAAAACCCACAGGGGUGAAAAACUUUAGUCAUGUACAACCCGUGAAAAAAGAAUUACAAGAGGAAGCGGCUUAUCUUAUCACAUGAAAACUCAUACAUAUGAAAAUCCCAUUUGUCAAGUAUGACUUAUAGUAUGAUAUACUGAUAGUAUAAUAUCGUUUAACUUUAAGUAGUCUAGGGCGUGCAGGUGGAGCAGUAGUUAGUGUGCAUGACCCAUGCACGGAAGCCUUUGAAAAACGUGUUAAUCCGGUAAAUACUAAAUCCAAUACUGCUAACAAUUGGAAUUUGGCUCCCUUCCUCUUGACAAAAAAAGGUGGGUCUAACACCUAUCUGGAAAGCUGCAUGGCAUGUAUCCUCCCACUGCUGUGUUUCUGGUUACACCAUGAGUGUAACCAGAGUUGGGUUAGUGUUGAUGCUGUCACCUGUGCAACAAAAAUAAGGAGCGUAAAAAAUGUAGAUCAACAUGCAAGGAAGCCAGGGCGUAGUAAUUGUGCUUUAUUGAUUAACUUUCUUAUCCCUUUGACUUGGGUCGCUUGCCGAGUUUAUUUGAAAUAUUCUUUAAUAAGUGUCUUAAGUACAAUGUUUUUUUUUUACAUGUAAGAUUCAUUAAUAGUGUGUCUUAAUGUGUCUUCUUACCUCUUAAACAUAUUUUGAUGUGUAAUUGUAGUCUAUAAAAGUCCAGAAAAGUUUAAUUUGGUCUCUAUUGUUUAUCCUAAUAUGUUAUUGGGAUUGUAACUUUCCAUCCAUUCUAUUUACUCUGUAUUUAAUUUACUGUUUAAUAAGAGUGUUUGCUGUGGAACUGAUAAAUAAGAUCAUGAAUUAAUGGCUUAAAACCUAUAGACUCUGGCAUUUUUUGUUUUCACAGAAUGUAUGUAUAUUAUGUUGAAAGAUGCUGAAAAAAAAAGCUGAUCAAUAUAAAUAUUUGAGUUGUUACUCAAUCUCA